AUGACCGCUAAAAUCAUCGACGGACUGGAAUGCUCUAAGAAAGUUUUGGCCGGUGUCGGAGAGCGGAUCGCUGAGUUGCGCAAGUCCCAUCCCGAUUUCAACGCAGUGUUGGCAAUUGUCCAGGUUUUCCUUUUUUUUUUUUUGCUUUUUCAAAAUUUAAAUUAUAACCAUCUAUAACGUAUCUUGCAGAAUUAAUGUUUGAUAUCGUUUCACUAGAGAAUUUUUUGAGCUUAACAAAAAGGGUUCAAAUUUUUCCAGUAUCCAGAAAAAUGUUUUCAAGCUGAAUGAAGAUUUCAAAGUUAAAGUGCAAAACCUAUCGAUAUAAUGCAAAAAAAAAGAAAGAUUUGCGCCUUUCUGCAGAUUUUUUUUCAGGUUGGAAAUCGAGCGGAUUCAAAUGUCUACAUCAACGCAAAGAUCCAAAAAGCAGCGAACAUUGGGGCCAAGGGCACUUUGGUCAAGCUUCCCGACACGGCAACGCACGACGAUUUGCAACGGGUCAUCAACGAGCUCAACGCUGACCGAGAAGUCGAUGGAAUCAUUGUCCAGGUACUUUGCCGAUAAGUUUAUAACAUUUUUCUCAAAAAUUUUCAGCUUCCUCUUGAUACUAAGAAUGAAAUCGACGUCGACGCCAUCAUCGACACUAUCAACCCACAAAAGGUAGAUCCUUAUUUUGUUUUCAUCGUCAAAAUCAGUUACCUGAAAUUUGAAUUUUUUUUACCACGCUUAGUAUCGUUUCAAUAGAGGAGAACUUUUAUAUCUGGCUAGUUUUUAAUAAAUCGAAAAAGGAAGCUUGUUAUGCGUUGGUUAGCUGAGACACCUAGGAAAUUUUACACUCUCUUUUUCGAGAUAUAAAAAAAACUAUGCAGCUUCAAAGGAAUUUCUCUUUAGCACAUUAAAAGUGUCUAACUGAAAAAUUUAAUAAUUGAUUAACGUUCAAAUGAAGUUCGAAAAAAAGUAAUUAAUUUAUUUUUUUAGAAAAUAUAAAUGAAUGGGAACAUUUUUUUAGGACGUCGACGGGCUCACUCGAUUCAACGCCGGUCUUCUGAUGCGUGGAGAGCUUUCUAGAGCAAUUAUUCCCUGUACUCCAAAAGGAUGUCUUCAUCUUGUCCAGCAAGCCACAGGUUUUGCUUUCCUCUGAACGGUUUGAAAAAUUGCAACGACUUAGCUUCGGAUUUCUCGGUUUUAAGACUUUUUUAAAGCUUUUUUGAUACUUUUCUCAUCUCGAAAGGCCGUCGAAGUGGUAAACGCUUUUUUUCCAAAUACAAGUUUGAAGAAAAAGUCUUUCUGCUUGUAUUUCCCUAGUAAGAGAAGUGUUUUGCUUUUUGUUUGAAAAUUUGAUGAGACUGCAAAAAUUAUAUCAGACGUUUCUCGUUUGAAAUCGGAAAAUAACAUUAAACUUUUGCUUUUUCGGUGCUUUGAAAACGUUAAGAUUUCCUCUUUUUUUGACUAAAUUGUAAGUAAAAAAAUUUUUGAAAAAUCUGUUAUUCAACUAGAAGGCGAAAGGUAUUCAUUUUUUUGAAAGAGAAAUUGGAAAUAUAUUAUUUUCAUUGCGUCAUAAAAAAAUAAAACGCUUCCUUUGUCAUUUUUUUCUGUUAAUGCAAACCGAAAACCAAAAUUGUCAGUCAUAUUCUUUUUUUGUUUCAGGAGACGAGAAGUUCACGGUUGGGAAGCACGUGGUAGUUCUGGGCCGUUCGAAAAUUGUCGGAUCCCCCGCUGCCGCUCUUUUCAUGUGGAACAACUCGACAGUCACCAUUUGCCAUUCAAGGACUCAGAACAUUGAAAAAUACUGCCGCGAGGCCGACAUUCUUAUCGUAGCAAUCGGGAAAAAACACUUCGUGCGGGGUUGGUUUCUGAUUUUUGACGAUGAGAACCAGUUUUGUUCAAAUCAUUCACAGAUCGUAAUUUUCGAAUUGUGACGACUCAAGUUACUACUUGAACACAAGACGAAAGAAAAGUUUCAGGCGAUUGGAUCAAGCCUGGAGCCGUAGUCAUUGAUUGCGGAAUCAACGUUGAAGAAGCGACUGAACCAGGCAAAAAGAACAAACUUUUUGGAGAUGUUCAUUACGAUGAAGCCAAGGAGGUGAGAAUAUUUGAACGUGACUUAUAGGAACACAUUUUCAGGUUGCCGGGUACAUUACUCCUGUUCCUGGAGGAGUCGGUCCAAUGACUGUAGCCAUGCUCAUCAAGAAUACAUUCGAGCAGGCUGUCCGACGUCGUCUGGAAUCUGAGGUACAUCCAUUAAAUGUUGUAGUUUUUUCUGAACCUCCUGAAGAAAUGUAGGCACAUUUUGGAAAAUUCCUCAUUUAACGACUUGAAAACACUAAAACAGUCUUUUUCUGGUAUAUCUUAACAUGAGAUAAAGAACUUCCGAACUCAAAAAUGCAAUUAUUCAUUUUUAGUAA